AUGCCAGAGGACAGUUCGCCAGGAGAGAAGGCAAUCUACGGCAUGCUUCGUGUCAUGAAUCAGCAUAUGACCACUUCUGUACAGGCGUUGCACACACAGAUCUCUGCCGAGACCAAGCUGUCGAUCUCAGAGGCAGUCGACCCUCUCCGGGACGAAAUGGCUGAGCUUCGUGGUCGCAUGGCAUCUCUUGAAGUUUUUGCGGGAGGCGGCUCUGGCAAGCGCCAGCUUACUUUACUCAACGCUUUGGACAUUUCCAACCGCCAGGUCUCGUUCAUCGGCUUCGAUUCGGAGAUUCUACAGAACCGGAAGGAUUCGCUUGAGAGGUUCGCAGCGUCGUUCUCCAACGUGCCUUCUGGGAAUGUUGGUCACUUUUUCACAGGCCUGAAAACGAACCAGAAGGAAACGAAGGUUUUUUCCCUCGAGUUCUCCACCUCGCACGACGAUUCGAUCUUCCUCAACGCUGCGAAGGGCCAGCGCUUCACUUCCGAGGGGAAAGCCAUUUCGAUCAAGCCGGCGAAGUCGAAGGUGAAUCUCGCCAGAGAUUGGGCCCUCCGUAAGGCCGCAGAGCCCGUGAAGGCGCAUUCCGGCAAGGACGCGAAGAUCGAGUGGCAGGAGAGGUCCGUCACGGUUGACGGUGUCGCGGUGUUUGAGCAGGGAGCUGGCGACCUGGAGGGUUUUUUUAAGGGUGAUUUCUCCCGCCUGAAACUCCUUGAGGGAGUCCACAGGCAGAGCGAGUGUGGAUCACAGCGCAUGCUGAUUCAGCGCUGGGAAAGCAGCGAGAGCCGCAGUGGCGGCUGGGGCUGGAUGAGUGGGCAGGGCACUCGACCAGAGCCCGACGCCCGGGACGCACGCUACACCUCCGGAGGGUUGGGAGGUGGCGGGCAGCGUGCUUACGAGGGCUGGUCUUGGCAAGGCCGCCCCUGGUCUGAGGAGUGGGGGCAGCGCGGCUGUCAGCCAGGACCGACGUCGCCAGGGACCAGCACAGGCUGGUACUGGCAGGAUUGCCCCUGGUCUGAGGAGUGGGGGCAAAGCAGUUGGCAACCAGGGUCUGGCGGCUACUGCGGGUCCGUUAGGUACGAGGGCAGCGGGCCCUCUGGACAGGAGCGCGGCGACGACAAGUUCGUGCCCGAAUGGGACGGGAAAGCCGUGCCUCUAAGGACGUACGAGCGGCGCGUGAAGAUCUUCGAGCUGAACACGGCCAUCCUGCCCGAGCGUCGGGGCGGGCGGCUUCUCUCGAGGCUCAAAGGUGACGCUGAAGCCAAAACAGAGAACCUCGACCCUGAGACCCUCGCUAGGCCGGACGGCGUCCGGGUGCUGUUGCGCUAUCUCCAUGAGAAGUACGACCAACAGGAGACGCUGAAGGUCGGCACGCUCGUAGAUGAGUUCGUGGAGAAGGUCAGCCGGAACGCUGGCGAGGAUAUCAUGGACUUCGAGACGCGGUACGAGGCCAAGGUGCGCGAACUCGAGGAGGCGAUGGAGGAGCCGCUCAACAAGCACUUGAAAGCCCACUACUUCCUGAAGAAACUGCGCGUGGGCGGCGACAAGGAGAGCCAGAUCAUCACUGGUGCUGGCAACGAGCUGGUCUACGAGAAACUUCGCGACUCGGCUAAAGCUUGCAUUCCUCGGGUGUCUAUGCUGAGGAAUCGGGCGGCGGCGCCGUUCAACGGAGCCAACCGCGAGUACCUGAACAGGAAUCGCCGGAGGCUCGGUAAACCCUUAGGCAGGGGCGGCGCCCGAAAGGUCCACGCUACCGAAAACGCCGAAGCCGAGGCUGAACGCGAAGGCGCCGAGGCCGAGGGCCCCAGCACGUCCGCCGAGGAGGACGACGACGACGAGGAGCCGGACUCGGAGGUCGACGCUGGCGUGGACCCGAAUAUCGCGGAGAACGAGUUGGUCCCUGAGGAGCUCCAGGCGUACCUCACGGAAAACGAGGUGCUCAUGACGCAGGCUAAGAAGGCGCGCGCCGAGGCUGAGAAGGCGCGCGACUUCUACCGUGGACCUGGCGGCAGGGCCAGCGGAGGCCGAGGCGCCGAUUCCGAGCGCAUCCGGAAGCUCAAGCUGACGCUCCCGUGUAAGCGAUGUGGCAGGCUGGGCCACUGGAAGGACGACCCUGAGUGCCCUCGGGCCCCGGGGAAGGCUAGCACGGCUGGUAAGGCGGCCGGUGCGGAAGGCAAGGGCACGUGGGUCGUGGCCCGCGCUGAAGAGCCCGCGGAGCGGGAGAAAGAACCGGCGGAGCCGGCGCACCUGGAUGGAGACUGCCCGGGCGAAGUCGACAAUGGCGUGAAGAUAACGCGCUUCAGGAGCGAGGAGGAAGAGGAGGCCUUUCCCCUAUGUCUCUCCCCUCCUUCUUCCAACCUCCAAGCCGCCGCGGGACAUCCGAUGUCCGUACUAGUCGCAGAAACGGGCGACGCUGUGUGGCUGAUCGUUGUGGACACGGCGUGUGCUAAGUCCGUGGCGGGGCUCCGGUGGUACCGGCGCUUGGCCAUCUACGUUAGGAAGAACUGGGGCAUCGAGCUCGAGACAGUCACCGAGCGCGAACCUUACCGGUUCGGACCGGGGAAGACGAUCUACAGCUCCCAAGCGUUGCUGUUGCCCAUGGAAUGGGACGGCAAGGGGGCCGUGAUUAGGAUCAGCUUGGUGGAAGAGGACGUUCCGCCAUUGAUCUCGGGCGGAGCCCUGAAGGCCCUGGAGGCCCAUAUCCACAUGAAGGAGGCCGAGAUCACACUCGGUGCCCUCAGCAAGGCCAGGCACAAGCUCAGGGAGCUGCCGUCGGGGCACCUGGCCAUGGCUGCUGUCAGUUACGGACCUGGGGGGCCAGGAGCGGGCGGACAGGAAGCCGUGAGCCGCUGCCGGGCCGGGGCUGAGAUCGCGCUGUAUGGGCGCGUCCGCGGAUCCCCAUACGAGGCCGUGCGCCGUGCGCUUUACACGGACCCGUACGGCGAGCACGAGCAAGCGCCAUCUUCGGUGGCCCUGGGACGCGCGCGCGGGCAGAUGCCGCCAUGGCGCCCGACUGUCGUGCAGUGUCGCAGCGGAGCUGCGAGGGCGAGUGUGGCAACUCGGUUGGUACUCAUGGCAUGGAGGGCCUGGUGUCAGGAGUUGUUGGUGGAUUACCUGGAGCGGGAGGUCUUCACCCUUCGCCAGAGGGAGGACACCCCUCGAAGCAUCUGGGAGAUGCGGAAGGCAGAGCUGGUGACGCUGGCCAUGCAGCGACUCGGCUGGCAGAGGGCCCGCGCGGAGGCAGAGACCGUUGGUCAGUUGAGGCUCGUGCUUCGAGAAAAGAAGGACGAGAUCCAAGCGUCGGAAGUGGAGAAAGACGACCCUCGAACAACCUUACCGACGGGCCUCACCAAUAUGAAGUUGGCGCAGCUGCAGGAGGAGGCCGCGGCGCGGCAGAUACCGCUGACACGGUCGAACGGCGCCGACAAAAGACGGGAAGAGCUCAUCCGAGACGUCAGGCUGUUCGUGAGCGAAGCCGUCGAGCGGUUCAGCGGCCGCGCGGGGGACGCGCCCGGUGCUGGCAGCCAUGCGAGCACGCAGGCUGCCGGCGGCGGGAAGCAAGGGCGCGGCAGCGCCCGAAACCGACGUUUGAAGGGUCCCACGGCGACGGCAGUGCGCAAGGCAUGCCUGGGCAUCGCCUCGGCAUGGUUGCUUGGGGUAGCCACCCUCGGGGCCUGGCUCGAGGAAGCUGGCGGCGGGCAGUGGGCCCGUCACCGUUGGGGUACGGACCGCGUGGACGUGGUCGAGUUCUUCGGAGGCGGCAGUGACGUCAGUCGCAUCGGAUCCAAGAAUGGUUGGUGGUGUCUCCGUCCUUGGGACGCGAAAUGCGGAGCCGACCUCGCACAGGAGUCCGAGCAGGCGGAGGCCUUGGGAAUGUUGAGCGAUGUGCGACCGAGGUUGGUUGUGGUGGAGCUCCCUGGCUCUUCAGUCGGCGGCGCCCAACGCGGUACUCACCAGAGCAAUGCCGAUCAGCAGCGACAACGAGCCGAGCGACGACGGCAGCGGUCGCUGAUGGAGUUUACCCGGAAGGCGUUCGAGGUGCAGGCGGAAAAUGGCGGUUGCGCCCUGGUGAGGAAUGAGUCAGCCAUCCACGCGGUGGAGGCCCUCCCUUCGGUUGAGGUAGUCAAGGGCGGCUUGUGUGUGAGAGGAGUCACGGGUCAGCCAGCGUGGUGGGCGACGAACUGUCCUGAGAUCGCAGCGGUGCUGCGGCGAGAGUGUUCCGUGGUGCACGAGCGUCGCUCGGGGGUCAACGACAAGGCCACAUCAAGCACUGGGCGACACUCUUUAGCGCUCGGUGUGCUUCGAGGGCUCAAGCGCCAUCUGACGCGCGUGGAGCCUGAGAGGAUCGGGUGGCGCGGACGGCUCCCGGGAACGCGGCCUUCAGGUCAGGGUCGCAGCGUGCACGAGGGGCGCGCGACGAAACUCGAACCAGGACCAGCAUCUUACCCCACAGGGCUCGGAGAGACCGACAGCGGGAAUGCGAUCCCUCAGGGGAUUACGUUUAAGUUUCCAGACACUCCGAUGGGCAAGUCGCUGGCCCAGCGGAUGACGCCGGAGCUACGUCGGAACCUGCGUCGACUCCACCUCAACACGGGGCACGCGAGCCCCGAAGAUUUGGCUAGGUUAGUCGCCAAGGCCGGCGGCUCCGAGGUGGCGGUCGCGGCGGUCGCGGGAGCCAAAGCACUCCGGUGCUCCAGCUGUGCGGAACGCCCGCGAGCGAGGCCCCCGCGGCCCGCGCGACUUCGAGAGGACGACUUGUCCUUCAACGAGGUCGUGCAAGCAGACCUGUUCAAGAUUCCCGACCAGUGCGGAACAGGUUGGUGGUUCCUGUUGGUGCAGGACGUGGCGACGGGGUACUGCACGAUCGGGCUGAUCAAUGCGCACAGCAGCGAAGAACUGUGGGGGCAGUACGAGCGUUUGUGGCUCUGCUGGGCGGGGCCACCAGAUCAGUUCGUGACAGACAACGAGCGGGGGCUCGUCAGUGGAAGCUUCGUGGACGCCCUCUCGAGGAGCGGCACCGCGUACGACCCUACCGCGGCGUACGCGCCCUGGCAGAAAGGCAAGGUCGAGCGGAAGAUCCAGGAGGCAAAGAACGUGAUGAAGAAAAGCAUCCGGCACGGAGCGUAUUUUGGGAUCGAUGAGAUGCAAGCUCUCGCGUGGGAAACUGCGUCAGCCCUCAACCAUUUCCCUGGGCAGUGCGGCUACAGCCCAUCACUGCUUCUCUUCGGGCAGAAGAUGAAGCUUGUCGGCGAGUGCUGGCACGAGGGCAAAGCGGUGAGCUAUCACCCAUGUGUGGCCGAAGAGGGCGAUCCGCUGGCACGGCGACUCAAGAUACGUGAGCACUGUCAGCAGUCGCUCAUCAAGACGCGCAGUCAAGAGCUCGUGCGGAGGGCCGUGGCCGCGAGGAGUCGCGGCACUCCGGCGGAGUGGAAGGAAGGCGAACGCGUGUUCUUUUUCCGGCCUUACCGCACGGAGCGUGGACGCCGGGUCAACGAGCCGGAGUGGUGCGGACCUGCUCUGGUGUUCGGGAGGCGCAACGACAACGUUUGGGUUCAGUACGGCGGCAAACCGUUUCUGGCUGCGCCAGAACACUUGAGGCCUCUGAGCCCAGAGGAGCAACACCUGGCGGAGGAUGCCGACCUCGCCCGGUCUCUGGACGAGAUUCGACAGGCUAUGAGCCGCGAAGAGUUUGAAGACCUCACUGGCCUGAAUGCCGGACCGGAUGAAUUAGCGGCCGCGGACGGACUCGUUCAGGGGGAAGCCUCCGAGCAGGAGCGGGAAGGCCCUGGGGACGGGGGAGUGGUCGAGGUAGACCCUCCUGCGCCCGGGGGCACCCCCAGGGAGGAGGCCCGAGACGAGGCCCAAGGCAGCGGACUGCCUCGGGGCGUGCCGCGCGAACUGGAACGCUUCAUCACCAUGCCAGGCUGGCAUGUGAGUGAUCGGGGCUGCCCGGUGAGGAGCCUCGGUGAGGCCUGGGCCAGAGUUACGCUGGACGCGCGAUUCCCGCUCGAGAAAUGGCCGCUCAGGACGACUUGCGAGAAACACGGCGGCGAGUGGCGCUGCACAGAGCAUCGGGUCCGGUGGGCCCAGCUGACGAACCCGAGGGAGCUAUUGCGGCCGGCAGCAGAUCGCAUGCUCGUGGUGUUCGAAGAAGAGAAAAAGCGCCAGCGAGAGCCGACGCUCGCGACAGUCGAAGGACCCGCCGCGGUGCGGCGGACGGGCGAGGCCCCGAGUGGGGCCAGUUACCAGGCUCACCAGGUGAUGACGGCGUAUCACCGCGGGACGGGGUCCGCACUGCUGGACCGAAAGACUCAAGAUCGCGAGCUUAAGUGGGACGAAAUAGCGCCUAAGGAUCAUGAGGCGUUCCAGGCCGCUGUGGAGAAGGAGUGGGAUUCUUGGCUCCGCUACAAGUGCGUGUCGGUGCUGGAGCCAGAGGCCUCACAGGAAGUGUUGCGGACAGUGGACCGGAGUCGGAUCCUCGGGAGCGACAUGAAGCUCAAAGACAAAAAUGCCGCCCUAAGGACGCCCGAAAAUGAUUUGCCGCUCAAGGCUAAAGCACGGUUGUGCGUGCAGGGCCAGCACGAUCCCGACGCGAAGCUCGGAACAGUCAAGACGGACGCUCCCACGGUGCAGCGAUCUGGGUUCCACGCCUUCCUGCAGCUAUCGGCGAACUUGGGGUGGCUAUCUCAGUUGGCCAUCGGUAUGCUCAUUGUGCACGUGGACGAUUGCAUGUUAGCCCACGACGGCAGCGCCGAGCUGCGUGCCAAGGAGGCGAGGCUGCGCGAACGUUUUCCUUUCGGGUCUUGGACGGUGGUCGCGCAGCAGGCCGAGGGAGAUGUGUACACCGGUCGUCGGAUCAGAGUGGACGGGUCAUGCGUCGAAGUGGGAAUGCCAGAGUUUGUCGUAGGGAGACUUGAGGAGGUGAAGGUCGACCGUCAGGCAAAAGGUGAGGACCCAGUGAGCCCCCUCGCGAAGGCUGAGUUUCAGUCAGCGACGGGGUCGCUCCACUGGCUGGCAAGCCAGUACCGUCUCGACAAAGCCUACGAGACAAACCGGUUUCAGAAAUUGCAAAAGGCGCCCACCUGGUCCGACGCGAGAGAACUCAACAAGUGUAUUCGAGACGUGAAAGCCAGCGGAGGCGCUCGGCUUCGGAUCGCUCCCAUUAAAGGGAGGAUGGGCGUUGGCUGUUGGCACGACUCGUCCCUGUAUGGGAAUGUGAGCGAGCUCAUUGAGGGAGACGAGGACCUCAAACGGUUCGAUCGCCAUAAGGUGAGGUCCCAAGCCGGCGCGGUGGUGGCUGCCAUCGACCUCGACUGCUUGGAGCAGGACGAGCUGCCGAUAUCAAUCCUGGACUGGCGAAGCCGAGCCAGUCAUCGGGUGGUGACGUCGACGUUCUCGGCGGAGACGGCGGCGCGCCUAGAGGGCCACGGGAUGGCCUACUACAUGCGGGCGUUGCUGUGUGAGGCAACCUACGGUUGGAGCGGUACUCCUGUCGUGGAGUACGGUGAGGAUGAAAUGCCUCUCACGCUAUUCACCGACUGUCGUAGUCUGUACGACCACGUGAAGGUCGAAGGGAACAUCCCCGACGAUCGCCGUGCGGACGCGAUGGAUCGCGGCGCGAGUGGUGCCGGCUCCGACGCGGGGCAUCGCAGCGGCCGCCGAGGCAAAGAGGCCCCGCGGCGCGGGGAGGAGCCGACGGCUCAGACCACGCGGAGCCGCAGCCGCGGUAAAGGAGAAGAACCCCCGCGGCGCGGGGAAGAGCGGCGGCGCUUGCCGGCGGAGCCAGCGGAGCCGGCGGAGCCAGCGAGGGUCGAGCGAAGGGCGACGCCCCCGAAACGCACGGGGUGCGGAGACGGUGGCGGCCCAGUGUGCUUCACCCGGCGCCACCUGGGGGGUGACGGGGAGAGUAUCGAAUCCUACCCGUCGGAGCACGCGGCGCUGAAGACGGCUGACCAUUUCAUGGUCUUCACGCAGCUGGAGGUGGACCAGCUGCCGAACUCGGAGUGGAGCCUAUGGGUGUCUAACUUUCUCAGGGUGGCGUACCCUGGGGCACUGGUGCCCGGCAAGGACAGCGCCGAGGAGUUAGCGUACCGCUGGAACAACGUGGUGCACCAGGACGGCUUGAAGUACAAGCGCUGGACACUGGUGAUGGACCUGCUCAAGACUUACCCGCUGGCAGCGACGUACUGGCAGGCGGCGGCGCAGCGGAGACUGAUGGUCAGCAUCCCGCCGCCAGCUGCAAGCGCACGGGAUGCAAGCGCCAGAGACUCAGACUCGGAUUCGGAGUACAGUUCGGACGAAAAGCGCGCCGCGCCAGAGGUCGGCGCGAAGGCGCGGGCCGAGGUUGAGCACGACGAAAGGUCCUGCUCGGCGCGGCGCGCCAGGGCGGAGGAAGACUCGGAGGGCGACGACGGGUCGUCAGGCCGACGCUCUCGCCGACCGCCUCGCGCCCGGAGCCCGUCGCCGGAGGCGCACGUCGAGGAACACAAGGGCGGCAAAGGCUCGAAGGGUGACAAGGGUAAGAAAGGCAAGGGCUCGAAGGGCGAGAAGGGCAAGGGCACCAAGGGUGGCAAGUCUAAGAAGGGGCCUCUGCCGGGGUCGAUUCCCAGCGAAGUUCUCAACCCGAACAUGUGCCGGCUCUGCUUCAAGGAGGGGCACUGGGGCAACCAGUGCCCGGUGUACUACCAGGACGGGACGCCGAAGGAGGGACCGGCGCCCUGGGGGAAGCCGGCCGAAGCGCCAGACACGACGGCUCCGAAGUGA